AUGUCCCCCUCGGAUCUCAAUCUUGUCAAGUACACCGCAACGGCAACGGCAACGGCAACGGCCCUGCCAGACCCCAACGAGGACAAUGGCCCGUCCGUCACCGCCUGCGCAAUCCUUUGCGCCGUCAUAUCAAGCAUCUUCGUCGCGCUGCGGUUCUACACUCGCGCAUCCCUCGUUCGACUCGUUGGGUGGGAGGACUGGUUGAUACUGCUCGCUCUGUUGUGCGGAAUCGGGACUUGCGCCUGCAUUGGUGUCGUCGUGAGUGCCGGCCUGGGCAAGCACACCAUCUACAUGGAGCACAACAUGCAGACUUACAUGAAGUGGACCUACUUCGCCACAACCUUCUACAACUUCAGCCUGGGCUUCACCAAGCUCUCCAUCCUAUGUCUUUACCUCCGCAUCCUCACGUUCGAGUACGCCCAGCGAAUGACCAAGAUCCUCUUUGGUAUCGUUCUCGUCAGCCAGCUCUUCAUUAUCUGCGCCUACUUCACCAGCCGCAUACCUCUGGACAGCUUCUGGGACCUGUCCAAGCCAGUUGUGUACACCCACCCGGGCUCCGUCUACUUAGCCGCCUCGGGCCUACACAUGUCGACCGACAUCCUCAUCUUCCUGCUGCCCGUCCCCGUCGUCGUGUCGAUGACGAUCCCGCGGCGGCAGAGGAUUGCUCUCUGUGGGGUCUUCAUGCUGGGCUUAUUCGUCGUCCUCAUCUCCGCAUACCGACUCUACAAAAUCCUCCAAAGCGUCAGCUUCCCCGACCCAGACAUGAGCUUCAACGCCGCCUCCAUCGCCAACCUGACCUGCAUCGAGCCGUGCGCCGCCGUCGCCUGCGCCUGCCUCACCACCCUCCGCCCCCUCGCCGCCAAGCUCUGGUCCCGCAUCUUCGGCCCCUCCGACCCGGCAAACGACGACCCCACCGGAGCCGCUGCCGCUGGCCCCGGCUCGUACCAGCGCCCGCCCACCAUUGGCUCCGAGCCGUCACACGUCGCCUGGCGGAAUCGGGAUCGAGAUCGCAGCCGCAACUGGCGGGCGGACAGCUUCGCCUCCGAGCGCGUACCGAAUUGCGACUGCAAGGAAGCGGCCGCGGGGUCGUCGACGGCCCCGAGCACGUGUUGCUGCUCCAGCUUCACGGACCGGAGCAGCCGGUCCAUGGCCCUGUUGGAUGGGGAAGACGGCGAGGGCGAUCACCCCGCCUGCCGAGGACGGGGAUCUCCCUUCGAGGUCGCUGAGAUAUCUGGCAGGGCCCCCUGGGCCAUCGCGCCGUUCGACGAGUACCACCUGAUACAGGAGGAGCUGGCUGGUGUCGGCAGGACGUACUCUCGCCCGAGGGCGGCGGGUCACGGGGGUGGAGCGCAAGAGACGCCGGCCCCGGUGUGA